AUGAGAACUGAUUUUAAUGAGCGAGAUAUUGAAACAUUUAUUGAGUCUAAGUUAAAAAGUUUGGACUAUAUUCUUUAUCAAUCCGGAACAACAACUCCCUUAAUUGUCAUUGAAACCAAAAAGCCUGGUGAAGACAUUCAUCAAGCUCUAGAACAAGGAGUUAAUUAUGCUAAAAACAUCGAAGCACCUUUGGUUAUUGCCACUAAUGGGGAAUUUACCAAGGCUUAUCAUAUUAACUUCCAAAGAACUUUAACUCUUAAUGGAGAGGAGGUAAAAGAUUUUUUUGCUGAAAAAGAGGCUUUGAGAUUUAUUGAGCAACCGCACUUAAUUACCCAAGAAAAUAAAGUUGUUUUGUCGCGAAGGGAAUUAAUUAAAAUCUUUGCUGAGGCUAAUGAUUUAUUAAGAAAAGAAGGUUUUCAAGCUGGUGAUGAAAGAUUUAGCGAAUUUGCCAAUAUUCUUUUUUUGAAAAUAAUUGGGGAAAUUGAAGAAACUCUAGAGCAUUUUCGCCAAAAAUACCAGGAAGGCGAGUUAUUUUCGGUUAGUAAGAUUGAAGAUGCCAAAACUUUGGAAGAAAUAGUGGCUAAACUUAAUCCUUUGUCGCUAGUGGAAACCGAAAGGGAAAUAAAAGGAGAAGCUUUUGAAUAUUUUCUUCAAAGGUAUAAUGCCGGUGAAAAAGAUUUGGGAGAAUAUUUUACUCCCCGACAUGUCAUUAGGAACUUGGUAAAUAUUUUACAACCUCGCUUUAAAGAAAAAGUUUAUGACCCUUUUUGUGGCACCGGAGGAAUGCUAAUUGAGUGCUUUAAAUAUGUUAGCGAAAGAAUAAAACUGGACCCACAAAAUAAAGAAGUAUUGACUAAUUGCUUUUAUGGCAAUGAGAUAACUAAUGUGGCUCGCAUUACCAAAAUGAAUAUGAUUUUAUUCGGAGACGGACAUAAUAACAUCCAGCGUCGGGAUACUUUUCAAUUUCCCGUCAAAGAAAAAUAUGAUUUGAUAAUUACUAAUAUUCCUUUUGGUUUUAGCGAUAUUGAUUAUGGGAAUUUAUAUCCAAUUAGUUGUAAAUAUGGGGAUUGUUUGGCUAUUCAACACUGCUUAAUGGCUUGUAAAGAAAAUGGUCGAGUAGCCAUGAUUAUGCCCGAAGGAUUUUUUAACCAGCGAGCCAAGAAAGGAUACCGAGAUACUAAAAAAUGGAUAAUAGAAAAUUAUUCUAUUCAAGCAGUCAUUUCUCUACCCAAAGGCAUAUUUUUGCCUUAUACCGGCAGCAAAAGUUCAGCUAUUAUCAUUGAAAAGAAAAAAAAGACUAGGGACUAUUUUUAUUACUACCAAAUUAAAAAUGAUGGUUUUACUUUAAAUAAUUAUCGAGAUAGAGUUGAAGGAGACAUAGAGAAUGAUAAAUAUAAUCUUUUAGCUAAACCACUUGAUUUUUCAUUGCUUAAAAGGGAAGACAAACAAUACUUUCCUUUAUCCGAAAUUGCUGAUGUUAAACGCGGAUGUUUUGAGUUAAAAAGAGCUGAAUUUAUGAGCCAUGGUUUUGCUAAGGUUUAUCAGCCUAACCAUGCUAUUAGUGGAGAUUUUUCUUCCGGAGACCGCUAUAUUACCGAAGAAAGAUAUCAACAACUAAAAAACUUUCAAUUACAAACUAAUGAUAUUAUUAUGAGCGUUUCGGGAACUUGGGGGAAGGUGGCAGUUUUUCCUGACUCCGCUAAAAAAGGAAUCGCUAUCCUUUCAGAGGACGUAAUGGAAAACUUGCGAGUGGACCAUUUAAAAAAUCUUCCUAUACCGGUAGUUUCGUUAGAAGAACAAACAAAAAUUAUCAGUGGAUUAAACAAAAUAAAGCAAAGCAUCCAAAAUGCCCAGCAAAUAAUUGAUAAUCUUAAACUUCCGCUUUUUGUUUCUCUAAUGAAACCAACUGAAUAUAAGAAAUUAGGAGAAAUUGCUAGUUUUGAAUACGGCUACACCGCCACUGCUAGCGAACAAGGAGAAUUUAGGUAUAUUAGGAUUACCGACAUAGACGAGCAGGGAAAUAUCUCCCAAAAAGAUAAAAAAUAUGUUGAUUUGGCAAAUGAAGCCGAUAAAGAAAAAUAUUUGCUAAAAGAAAAAGACCUAAUUGUAGCCCGAAUAGGUUCCGUAGGAAAAACCGCCAUUUUUCAAGUAGAACAAUUAACCAAGGGAACAGUCCAACCUCAAUUUAACGCCAAUUCUUUAAAAGAAAUAAUGGUGCCAAUUCCUAGUUUGGAAAAUCAGAAAAAAGCCGUGGAACAAUUAACUAAAAUCAAGGCUAAUUUCCAAAAUAUCAAAAUUAAAGAUAAAAAGGAUAUUGAAGUUUCUUUUUUGCCGAUGGAGGACUGCGAAGAAUAUUCAUUAUGGGUUUACCCACAAGAAACAAAGAAAAUAGAAGAAGUUUAUCAAGGAUACACUUAUUUUGCUGAAAAUGACCUACUGAUUGCUAAAAUUACUCCUUGUUUUGAGAAUGGUAAAAUGAGUAUUGCGAAAAAUUUAGUGAAUAGCAUUGGUUUUGGGGAAGGUAAAAAACAUAUGACUGGAACCACUGGUCGGCAAAGGCUUAAAUUAGAAUUUAUCGAAAAUUUUUUAAUUCCUGUGCCUCCUUUGGAAGUUCAGAAAAAGUUAGUUAAAGAAUUAGAGGAGGAGCAGGAAGUAAUCGACUAUCAAAAGCGAAGUAUUAGUUUAUUAAAAAAGAAAGAACAGAAGUUUUUGAAUAGUUUUUGGGAUGAUUAA